AUGCAGCCUACAGAGUCGAAAGGUUUGAGCAGCAGCAUUUUUAUCUCAAGAUGCAGGGCAGUGUGGAUUCACAUAGGUGAAAUGUCAUGUUCAAGCUACAAGGUGAAACGGAUAAGUGGAUUUGAUCCACCACCAGCUCGAGUUUUUGCUUGGCGUGUCCUGGAGCUGAAAGAGCAAGGAGUCCGUGAAGAUGAUGCGAUGGCUGUAGCAGAUAUGGAGUAUCGGACACAGAAGAAAGCAAAGAAGAAAGCAUACAAGGAACUGAAAGAAAUUGCCCGAAGUGAAGGAAAGAAGCCACCUCCAAAUCCAUACCCAAGUGCCAUAAAAGAAAUACAAGCAGAGGAAAAGAAAUAUGUUAUGGAUCGUUUAUUUAACCCGAAGGUAAUUGAGAUUGCGAACAAGAUGAAAGAGGAGAGAGACAAGUUGCGUCAAGAUAGAGCAGCAGAUGGCCUCUGA